AUGGCAUCGUCGUGUUACUCGUUCUGUACGGAAUCCGCGAAAGAUCGCACAGAUCCAGUUUCUUCGAGCUCGCUUCUCGAUCCUUGUGUCAGCUCCUUGGCACCUAGAGCGUCAGCACCGCCUUCUUCGUCCGGCGUCUCUCCGCACGCGUCGUCCACUGUCCCGCGAACUCCCAGCAACGCCCACAGGACUGCCGGUUUCACUAGUGCGUUGAAGGCAGCGGAGCUCCAGGCGACCCUGACAAAGAUGGCACACGCGGACGCGGGUCCCACCUCCCACAGAAGCGCCGCCUGUGCCGCCGCUCACAGCUCCAGGACUCCCCUGGGGGCGACCAAGACUGCCACGUCGUCCCCGCUUUCCUCUCACACCUAUUCACACGGCGCCGCUGGCCCAGCCACACUCUGCGCUUCCUCCGCUUUAUCUGUCGCCCAAAACAACGCAGCAGUGGCAGCUGCGCAGGCUGCGCACUCGGCAGGCCUCCGCGUGUGUUCCCAGGCUCGAACCGGGAGUUCCAGCUCCAGCUGCGGUGGACCCUUGGCGUCGCCUGCGACCGCCGCGUAUUCGACCGCGCGCGCGACUCCGCCGUCGCUGUCUUCUGUCCUGCUCAACUCCCCUCUGUCGCAGUUUGCGGCCUCUGGGCCCUCGUCGCCGCACUCCCCGAUGUCGCUCGGCCGCCCUUCUUUCCACGCCUUUUCCUCGCAUUCACAACCCGGUUGCGGAGUGGGCGGCGCCUCCGCGCUCACCUCCGCUCGCCUUUCGCCCACCCAGAAGAAAAAUUCUCAGCUCCGCACAUCCGUGGCUGGCUCCGCAGUUGCCACCAAAACGACCGUUAUUCCUCGGCCGGCUCGGUCCGGCAGCAAGUCGGGGCGACAAAGUGAGACUCCAGCGGGCGGCACGCCUCUGACGAAACCGCAGCAGACCACCGGAGCGAAGACACCCACUUCGUCGACGAGCGACUCUGCAGCCCACAAACACGGCGAAAAACCCGCGGACGUCAACGGCGCGAAAAAACGUGGCCUCGCGACGUCUUGGUACCAGGUCGUGUGUGAAAGCGCGGCAGUCGAGGAAGGGAAGGUCCGGAGUUGUUGCUGCAACGCCGCCAUCCAGCCCAGUGUACUGCAAGGACAUCCACAGCAGCUCGAGGCACGCGUCGUCUACAGCAAUACCAAAGCCAUCAUCAGGCGCGUGGAGGACGCGACGCGGCCGGGGCUCUCGUCGCAAGUGUUCCUGAAUUCCACCAAUCCGGACUGGGAUGCACAUCCGUCUCUCGCAGUCGAAACCCUUCACCUCGACAAACUUCUCCAAAGCGCCAUCUACGGAGCAGUCUUCAGAGCCAGUCUGCACACCAGUCGGGCAAAGCCGCGGGCUGAGAAGCCUGCGUUUAACGGCGAGGAACCCGGCGUGGGGAAGAAGGGCGGAGAUGACAUCCGGAUAGAAACCGUUUCGGAGGUGGUUGCCGUCAAGGUUCUUUCCUUGACGCUGCAACUGAACGCCUCGCCGUCGCUGCAAGAAGACUUUUUAUCCGAGUUGAAGUUCUACCCGUACCUCAAGAACCACCCGAACAUCUUGACGCCCUCCCGGGUGUACGUGGACAGUGACCAACAACUGCUCUUCCUCGUUUUCCCCUUCGCUGAAUACGAAGACCUCUUCGAGGUUCUGAAGAAGCGCAAACAGCCCUUCUCUGAGGGCGAAGUGCGCUGGAUGUGCAGACAGCUUUUCGAAGCGGUGUGCGAGCUGCAUAAACGGGGUAUCGCCAUGCGAGAUCUUUCGCUGGAGAACGUCCUGAUUUUCCGAUGUCCAAGAACUGGCCUGAUCAUCCCGAAAAUCACAGACCCCGGACAGGCCGUCAUUGCGAGCCCACACGCUGCCGCUCGUGCCAGGGCUUCCGCCAGCGGGGACGCGUCCCGUGCGGAACACCUGCCGGAUCCGUCCCCGGUCCUGCUGCCCCCGGACAAAAUUUUCGGGAAGAGUUUUCGGCCUCCAGAGGUGUACAGACAAUGCAGAUACGAUCCGUACAAGGUGGACAGCUUUUGUCUCGGAUGGAUGGUGUACUACCUGUUGACGAAGCACCAGCUGUUCCAGCGGGCGGUCCCCAGCGAUGAAAACUGGAGGCUGCUUGCAAGCAAAGAUGCCUCGGAUCUCCUUGAGCUCUUGGGGAAGAAAAACGGGGCCGUGCUUUCCGUCGAUGGCCUCGAUUUCGCUGUUCAGCUGCUCGAGGAAGAUCCGAGCCGCCGACUGUCGAUUCGGCAGGCUUUGCGGCACCCAUUCAUGGCAGGGAAAACAGUGACUCCAGUUUACGCAGACAGCAUCUUCCCAAAUGAUCCCGUCGCCCAUCAGCAGCACAUGCUGAAGCAACAGCACCAUCGUCAGCUUCACCUCGAGCGGCAACAACGUGUGCAGCAACAGUUCGCGCACCAGCGCAGACUCCGGUGCAUGCAGCAGGAGCAACAGCGGUUUCUGCGACAGGAGCAACAGAGACUGUUGCAGCAGGAGCGCGCGUUGCAACUUCGAUACCAGGCGAGGAAAACGCACAGCUCGGAAGACUCCCUCAGUUCCGCUCCAAGGAUUCUCGGGACGAGUGCGUCGUGUGUGUCGCUCAAACCGUCAGCCGUCAAGCAAGAGCAGCGCGUGGGGGCGGCGCCCAGCCAGCAGACCAAACCCGUUUCCUCGAGGGAAAAUUCACCUUCAAGUGUGAAAAGAAGCGUUUCUCUGAAAAGACCAGCGAGCGCCUACAAAUUGCGUGCUGCUUCGCGGGAAGAGCUUCAGGCGAAGCAUGACGCGGACCAGCGCUCAGACAGCCCGCGGAACGCCUGCGCUUCGAAGGCCUCGGAGAGUGGAAGGAAUGAUAGCGGCCGUGCCUCAGCUCGCUCCCUCGAAGCCGCAGGCGAAUCGCCGCUGUCCCAAAUUGGCGACCAGAAGGCGCGGGUUACCCCCGUGCAGUCAAGGGCUCCGUGCGGUCAAAACGGAGUAGAGUCCGAGUGCAAACCCUCGAGUUCCCGGAAGGCCGAAUCAACGCUCUCUCCACCUCUCUCUUCGAGACGCACUGAGGAGGCAGCAAGAGCGAAGGAAGCACGCGCACCGGCAGGAGCGAGCGGGACGCAGGAGUCUUCCAAAGGCAGCGCUGGUGCGUCAGCUCAAGGCGCGGCAGCCGCACAGCCUGCGAGCUGCGCAGCGGCCGAGCCUCGGCCCAUCAUUGCAGAUCCUGCGAAACGAGCGCGAGGCAAAACCGAUCGAAGCGCAGCAGGCGCGGAUCUCAGAGGUGCACGCAGGCCGAGCAGCCGAAGCACAGAUUCUGGUUCAACCAGUGCGGAGACCUUUUCAUGCGGAAGUGACAGCGACUCUUCAUGCGCGACCGGAGAACCCCUUAGUGGACCUGGCGGUGACCUAGGAAAGUUAGGAAGAACCGACGCUGGAUUGGCGGAUGCCAAAAAAAAGCCUCCGGUUCUCUCCGCGGGAGCGAAGGUGGACCCCCUUCAACCGGGGCUGAAGCUGCGGAAUUCCGAAGGUUCCACUGUGAAGCAGAGUGGGAGAGAAAGUGACUCCUACAAGGAUGGAAACAUCGUCUGCGCACGCGGCUCUCUCGCACUUGCAGCGAGUGCUGUCCACCCGCUGGUGUCCCCGAAGGGCUGCUGUGAAGCGGGACGAAUCGCGUCUCAGGUCAAUGACAGCGCUGCUGACCAGCCGCGGUGCGAACAAAUGGCUUCCCGGGCGGGGCGCGAUUCCAAGGAAAAGGAGAGUCGAGAGCGACCGCUUGCAUCUGCGCGGUCCUCAGUCAAAAGUCCUCUGAAUCAAAAUACCCCGACUGCGUCGACGCACGGCCUCGGCGACUCGUCAGGAGGCGAGUCAGCAGGCAGUGAGACAAGAAAGGUCAUUGCUACUCGACGCUCGAGCAGACAGUCUGUGGCUGCCAUGAUCGAGCGAUUUCAGCAGAUGACCCGACGCUCGUCGGUCGGAGGCGAUCCGAGCAGCGCCAAGACCAGUUCCGCGAGCAAUCGGCUCUUCCGGAGGCUGCCGUCGCCACACCCGUCUCUCCGGUAG